AUGCAAACUCCACGAAAAAGUAUUAUCUUUCAGCUGAUAGUAUUAGUUGUUUGGUUAUGUGGAAUGAAUCAAGUUCAAUGUCAAAAUCAAAAAAUAGACUUUCCACAGUCAUGUAUUGCUAUAGUUACUGGUAAUUAUGCACCAUGCAUAGUGGAACUAGCUACGCAAAUCUGGAAGUUGCAUCAAUGGGGCGAAGACCAACCAAUAACAAUAUGUGGUAUUAAUUGUGUUGGUAAUGUGAAAGGUCGAUUUAGUGGAUUCGAGUGGAAAUGGGAUGGCAAAUUUCAAUGUGAGGCAAAAGCACCGGGUAUUAUUGGUCAGACAACAAAAGUCAGUCAACAAGGUGCGAUAGAAAAUGCCAUACAAGAUUUUUUAACUAAAGCAGUGGCAGCAGGCAAGAUUAAGCCCGAAGAUUUUAAAUGUUAA